UGAAUCAGCGGCUUGAUCCGUGUUCCGAGUGAGGAGACCGCUUCCUGGAGAAGCUCUGGGUACUGAACCCAGGUCGGUUUCCUUGUCCCGCUCCUGAAGCGGGUCAACCAGAGCUCGUAGCGUGGAACUGCCACUCGACCAGCCGAACGACACCACACUUAUGAAGAAUGAACCAUGGGACGGCGUUACACAUGAAACGACGGAGCCGAGUAAAAAAAAUGUCAACCACGCUCCUGCAGCUGCUCCCCCACAACCUGCGGCUGCUCAGGCCGGCUCGCAGCGCGCUGUUCGCCGGUAGCCUCACUUCUCCUCUGUCCUCCCUCUCCCUUUCCACCGACAGAGCUUUAUCGAGUCUGAGUGCCACGCGACGUGGGCUUCCCAAAGAGAAGAUGUCCGAGAACGGGAUGAUGUCCCGGGCCAAGGUGCUGACCAUUGACACCAUGAACCCCACCGUGAAGAAGGUGGAGUACGCCGUGCGUGGGCCCAUCGUGCAGAGGGCCGUGGAGCUGGAGAGGGAGCUCAGUGAGGGGAUGAAGAAACCCUUUGCAGAGGUCAUUAAAGCCAACAUCGGUGACGCCCACGCCAUGGGCCAGCAGCCGAUCACUUUCUUCCGGCAGGUGCUAGCCCUCUGCUCCUACCCUGAACUGCUGAGUGACAGCACAUUCCCAGACGAUGCUAAAAGUAGAGCCUGUCGCAUUCUGAACUCGUGCGGAGGGAACAGCAUGGGCUCCUACAGCCCCAGUCAAGGUAUWGGGUCGGUGCGUCAGGAUGUGGCUCGUUACGUCGAGCGGCGAGACGGCGGUGUUCCCUGCGAUCCAGACAACAUUUACCUCACAACAGGCGCCAGCGACGGCAUUGUGACCAUGUUGAAGCUGCUGGUGUGUGGCGAGGGUACAAUGCGUACAGGCGUCAUGAUCUCGAUACCUCAGUAUCCCCUGUAUUCAGCUGCGCUGGCAGAACUCGGUGCUGUCCAAAUUAAUUAUUACCUUAACGAAGAGAAGUGCUGGAGUCUGGACAUCACUGAGCUGCAGCGGGCUUUGGAUGAGGCCAGGCUGUACUGCAACCCCCGGGCCCUGUGCAUCAUCAACCCUGGAAACCCUACAGGCCAGGUUCAGAGCAGAGAGUGCAUCGAGGAUGUGAUUCGAUUUGCCGCUAAAGAGCGUCUCUUCCUCAUGGCUGAUGAGGUGUACCAGGAUAACGUGUAUGCUGAGGGCUGUCAGUUCCACUCGUUUAAGAAAGUUCUGUUUGAGAUGGGACCAGAAUACUCAGAAACGGUUGAAUUGGCAUCGUUCCACUCCACCUCGAAGUGCUACAUGGGAGAAUGUGGCUUCCGUGGGGGCUACAUGGAGAUCAUUAACAUGGACGAUGACGUGAAGGCCCAGUUGAACAAGCUCCUAUCGGUCCGUCUUUGUCCUCCUGUUCCGGGGCAGGCUCUAAUGGACCUGGUGGUCAACCCCCCUCAGCCCGGGGAACCUUCAUAUGAGCGGUUUAUUAAGGAGCGUACCGCCACGUUAAGUACCCUUGCAGAGAAGGCCAAACUCACGGAGCAGGUUCUGAAUACUGUGCAGGGCAUCAGCUGCAACCCUGUGCAGGGAGCUAUGUACUCCUUCCCUAGCAUAACCAUCCCUGAAAAGGCCAUCAAAGAGGCCACGGACAUUGGACAGGAACCCGACAUGUUUUAUUGCAUGAAGAUGCUGGAAGAGACGGGAAUCUGCCUCGUUCCUGGGAGCGGCUUUGGUCAGAAGGAGGGGACCUACCACUUCAGAAUGACCAUCUUGCCGCCGACGGACAAGCUGAAGGUCCUGCUGAACAAAGUCCAGGAGUUCCACCUGAAGUUCAACCAGCAGUACUCUUAAAACCCACCCUCACAGAAAGAGGGACCUGAUGCCAACCAACUAUGAAAAAAAAAAAAGCAAAAGCCAAUUAAAAUGCAUCCGUUUCCAAUAAGUGCCUUUUCUGUGAUGAGGGGGGUGGGGGCACAGAGUGGACGAUGUGGACCUCACUCACUGGACACUGUUGUGCUUCAGACCACAAAACAAAACCUGGGAGGAAAAACUGGUCAUUUCUGAUGCAAAAACAAACAAAAACAAAACCAUAUGGCUUCAUGUAUUAUCUGUAAUGUUUAAUUCUCUUAAGGAUGUAUAUACUCUGUGAAUUUGUGAGAAUCUGGUAACAUAAAGCCAACAUAAGACUGUACAAGAAAAGAAGCUGAUGCUGCUUUGAAACGUAGAACAUGUUUAACAGAUUAAAUGCUUCAUUCCUGCAGACUGUACACGAUAAGGAGGAAAAACGUCCUACAUGCAUGAUUUUUCUGUAAGACAUAAUUUUGUUGAGGACGCAGUCGUUUGUUUUACAAUAGUGUUUACUUUAAAAAAUUGUAAUUAGAAAAACAUGUUUUCUUUGAUUUUUAAAGUAUCUAUGAAACUUUCUUUAUGGCAUUAUUGAUUUAUUUUUUCUGAAACACGUUUUUAUUAUUUAUAUAAAGUUGUAGAUCUCAAAAACUCCUGGGAGUUUCUGUUCAAAUUUAUCUAAUUUUAGGAAACAAAUGGUACUAAAUAAGCUGUUUUUUUUAGCAUUAGUUUUCUUCAGAUGAAUGCAGAUGAUUGUUUGUCAUUUCCCACUUCAUGUUUUUUUUAUUGUAUAUAGUGAAACUGACAAACACUGAAAGCUGAUGAGUAAAUAUUAAUGUGACUACAAUGUUUUGAAUGACAACACCUUUGCCUUUAUUUUAUUUUUUAAUAAAACAAUGAAACUGCCCCGCUGACUGAAACAUGCAGAGCUUUUUGCUGUUUCAGCCUAAAUUAAGCUUGUUAGAUCAGAACCUGUGGUGUAAUUUUGAGCAAAAUUCUUGAUUAAAAUUGCUGUUUGAAUGAGA